CUCGCCUGUAAGAAACCCAACGUACACGCUGUGAAAUCGAGCUGCAGCUGGUGACACACAGCAGAACUGGAGAAUCCUCCGCCGGCUGAGAGACUGCUGGCUCAUCUAUCGUUAGCUUUUGUUACAUUUCCCCUCGGCUCAUCGAUAACUUACACGUUUUAACAACUGUUAUCAUAUUCUAUCGUGAUUUAUUGGUGUAGUCUUUGCUUCCCCGCUGACAAUGGCUGAUCCUAAAUACGCAAACCUGCCGGGAAUUGCCUUCAACGAGCCGGACGUGUACGAGACCGGUGACCUUCCAGAAGAUGACCAGGCCCAGUUUGAGUCGGAGGAGCUCUGCAGUGACAGCGUGGAGAGGAUUGUGGUCAACCCCAACGCAGCCUAUGACAAGUUCAAAGACAAGCAUGUCACCACCAAGGGACUUGACUUCUCAGACAGAAUCAGUAAAAGCAGAAGAGUGGGCUAUGAGUCAGGAGAAUUUGAAAUUCUUGGAGAGGGCUGUGGAGUGAAGGAGACACCUCAGCAGAAGUACCAGCGCCUGGUGAAUGAGAUCCAGGAGCUCACUCAGGAGGUGGAUACCAUCCAGGCUGCCACAAAGGAAAGCAAUGCAGAGGAGCGCCUGACUCCAGUGGUACUCGCCCAGCAGGCAGCCCAGCUCAAACAGCAGUUGGUUUCUGCCCAUCUUGACUCACUGUUGGGACCGCAGGCACACAUCAACCUGGCUGACCCAGAUGGAGCGCUGGCCAGGCGUCUGCUCACCCAGCUGGAAGCGGCCAAGGGCAGCCGUAGCAGCGCCACAGGAGACAACAAGCCGACGGCAUCAGCUAAGGGCCCAGAUGGAGUGGUACUCUACGAGCUGCACAGCAGACCAGAGCAGGAAAAAUUCAAUGAGUCUGCCAAGAUGGCGGAAUUGGAGAAGCGUCUUGCUGAGCUGGAGAUCGCUGUUGGCUCAGGAUCAGACAAGCAGGGACCUCUAAGUGCUGGUGUACAAGGAGCCAGUUUGAUGGACACCAUAGAGCUCCUGCAGGCGAGGGUCAGCGCACUGGACUCUGCUACUCUGGAUCAAGUGGAGGCCAGACUGCAGAGUGUCCUUGGGAAGAUGAAUGAGAUUGCUAAACACAAGGCAGCGAUUGAGGACGCUGAUACACAAAACAAGGUGUCGCAGCUUUAUGACGUGGUGCAGAAGUGGGAUGCCGUGUCUACUUCUGUACCUCAGGUGGUGCAGAGGCUUGUCGCUGUCAAGGAGUUGCAUGAGCAAGCCAUGCAGUUUGGCCAGCUUCUGACCCACUUGGACACCACUCAGCAGAUGAUCAACAACUCUCUGAAGGACAAUAACACCCUGCUAACACAGGUUCAACAGACAAUGAAAGAAAACCUGGUGGCUGUAGAAGAGAACUUUGCUGCGCUAGAUCAGAGGAUGAAGAAGCUCUCCAAAUAAACGGUGGCAGGAGUUUGGACCAGUCCAGGAGAGUGUAGAACAUGGACAAAUAAGAGAAGGCUAGAGAGCACAGAGGGAGGAUUGGGGGUUGAACUCUGUCCUUUUUGGCCAUCCCUCUUUUGCUCUCUAGUUUGCCUCUGCCUUUUUUCACUAAGUGGAAUGUUUAGAAAGUUGGAAAAGAUGGAAUAACAAAAAAAAGAGGAGACCAAAUGUUCUUGUUCACCCUCCUUUUCUCUUCCUUUCUCUUGCAUCAAAUUGAUAUCAACUGAAAACACAUUUGUCCACUCUAUACAUGCCACUGAUUGCAGUCCCCUGUUAAGCUUAUUGAGUUUUAGACUGGAUUGUUUUUAUAAUUAUUAGUAUUAAACAUAAGAAUUUCCUCCAUUCCUUUUGGAACCUCUCACUAUUACUGGAUUUGUACUGUAUACUCUGAUCAAAUUAAAUGAUCACAGUAAUGUCGGGUUGAUGGGUGACACAUUAAAGAUGUUGUCAGCUGUGUAAAAAGAAAAUCAAGAUCUAUUGUCUUAUAGUGUUGUAGCAGGAGCACGUUUGUGCGAGUGUCAGGGCCAAGUCACGGAAGGAAAGCUUGUAAAUAUGCCUGUGUACCUUAUUGUUUCUUCACGCUCAGUCGCUUGUAACUAUAUUAUUAUGACUGAGAGCAGACACCACAGACAAACUUUUAAUCUGCUUUGUCAUUGCCUACAAGUCAACUGUAUUGUAUAUCUGUGGUCAUGGAAACUGAUCAAUAAAACAAAGUGCGAUAA